CUGCCAGCCUCUUGGUGGGUGUUGGGCUGGGGGAUGGACGGGACGGAGUGAGCCCUGGGUGGGCAGUGCCUCGGGGACACGGGGCGACCUCGCCUUCCCCAAGGGGGUCUUCCGGACGCGUGCAUGGAAGAGUCCCGGGCAUUCGCGUCGCCGGCUUUAACCCAGGAGGCGGCUCCAGGAAACAGCCCCAGCCAGGCUGGAGGCCGAUUAGGACUGAAACAAAGAGGAAGCCACACACAGAAAGGCUGCCUGCCUUUCAGCCGUGAAAAUAAGACCGUGAGGAGCCAAGGGUACCCCCGCUCCCGGCCCUCCCUAAGGGUACCCCUGCCCCUGGCCCCUCGUGAGAAGCCAGGGGUCCCCCCCAGCCCCUAAGGCCCCAGAACCCGCGCCAAGCGGGGGCUGCCUCUCCCCCGGACUUCGCCCUGCUUCCCAGUGCGGCCCUCGCUCCAGUGGGAACCUGCGUGGCCAUGGCUUUCCUCCGGCUGCUGGUGUUGCUGAUGCUCGUCUUCUGCCUUCUGUCAACGCACCAGGAUCCAGACGCACCGAUUGGGAACUUAAGGAUGGAGCCGGAAAGUGGAUGGCUGAGCUGGGACCUCCACGGAAAUGUCUCCGAAAUUACGUGUUACGUCAAUUCGAAACGUGAAAAGCAAAAGGCACAGAACAACAGGUACUGCGCUGUUCAGUCCAUCCCAUGCUCAGUGACCAACUACACGGUCUCUGUGAACCAAGGGCCGCCGCUCUCCACGUUCUCCACGUGGAUCCUGUAUCCUGAGCCAGAAGGGACCCCCAAGGCGGCGGCAAACCUGACCUGCUGGAUUCACGAUGUGCACUUCCUGACGUGCAGGUGGGCGCGGGGCCGUGCGGCGCCCCCGGACGUGCGCUACCGUCUCUACCUGGAGAAUCCACUGUCCCAUCAGAUGUGGGAGUGUGUCCAUGUCGAAGCUGACCCUCGGGGGACACAGUUCCAGUGUCGCUUUGACAUCUCCGCCUUGUCUGACAAACUGGGCCCCUUAGCCCGUUUCCUGGUGAAUGGCAGCACCAGCAGCGGCUCCAGAAUCCCCUGCUCUGAACUUAUAAGCCAACUGUCCCCGAUGGAGAUACUCACCGCCCCCAACAUCACAAACAGUUGGUGUAACCAAAGCUAUGCGAUCAUGCGGUGGACAGUGCAAAGUAACUUUAACUUUCAUUUCAAGUAUGAAGUUCAGAUACAGAAGGGCGAGGACCAGGCCUACAGUCAGGAGGUGGAGAGAAACUCCUUGUGGCUGUACAAUCCUGGAACCUACACGGUAAAAAUAAGAGCCAAGGACGCCAGUUUCAAUCUCCCCUGGGGCGACUGGAGCGCCCCCCAGCGCUUCGUGUGUGACGGAGAGAAGGGCACGGUCUUGCCGGCCUGGCUGACCUCUUUGCUGAUCGCGCUGGGGAUGCUGCUGGCUCUGGGGCUUGUGCUCCUGUUAUGCAGAAGGUUCUCAGUGAGGCAGAGGCUGCUCCCGCCCAUCCCUCACCUGAAAGACCCCAUCAGUGACAACCUGCAGAACGAAAGGAUGAUGGCCUGGGACCCCGAGCAGGAGAGCCGGGAGGAGUGUCCCGUGGCCGAGGUGCAGGUUUUGGGGGAAACAUGAAGUUGCUGCGCGGGACUCGCUCUCGGCUGGUCGCCCUUGGACGUGGAAGUUGGAGGCGCGGGCGGGGGUGGGGAAGCGCGGUGCAGUGAAGGUGCUGCUGCUGCCUCGCCCAAGGAGACUCUGUGUUGCGCUCAUUUCUCCAAUAAAGGGCCUUUUCACCCGCCGCA